UGUUGAUGAGCCUUCUGAAUCUUCUAAAUAUACUACUGAAGAAGAUGAUAUUUUAGAUAAUAGUAGUAGUAGAAAUGAAUCAGAUGAUAGUAAAUCAGGUAAUAAUGAAGGUUCUAAAACAUUUGAAAAUUAUACAUCAUCUAAUUAUGAGCCUUUUCAAGAUCCACUAGAGACAGCAACUGAGGCUUUGAUAAAAUAUAUGAAACUAAUCUUAAUAGAAAUUAGAGGUGAUGAUUUUAAAGACUUUUCAGAUUUAAAUUAUUUAACAAGAAAGCAACUUAGAUUAAAAGACCAAUUCAUAGCUUC